ACUUUGCGCUCCACUCGGGGCUUUAAUGCGGAUAUUAUCGAAAACGAAGCGGGAUUUAUUUUGCCGUGAGAGCGACCGCGCGGUUGCAGCCGCUUUUGCGUGUUUAAUUCCCGAAGCGGUUCGAGCGCGGCUAGCUAGCGACUGUUGUUAAUGUCAGAAGAUAGCUCGAUCACUUUGAUUCAUAUAUAUAUAUAUAUAUAUUUAAAAAAAAAAAACAACAACAACAUCACCUGCGACUUUAUUUUCAGAGACAAAUUGGAGUCUUUGGUAGGCCCGCAAAGGCUCGAAUCGUUCCGCCUAAUUUCGGUGCGUCUUUAUUGACUGCGCUCGGUUGCAAAACAAGCGACAAAUGGAACGCGUGAAUGGAAAAAGAGUGAAAAAAGGCUGAAAAGGAAAAACGAGCUCGCAGAGUCCGCGGCAGUCCCCGGCCUGUGUCGAUUCAUUACGUAAGAUCUGGACUUCACUUGUAGGUCAUGUUUUGGGGACAUUCAGUUCCUCCCCGAAGAGUUCGCCAUGUGUCAGCGAGCCCAGUCGGUGCCGACAUGCCGGUCAUCGCCCGCAUACUUCGUUUCCUGGCUCGGUCUCGUUUGGCCCAUUUCGAGGAACGCUUCUAAAACUGUGGUUGUGUAUUCAGCAGCAGAAGACAGUCGGGUCUGCCGAGAGGAUCGUCUGUACCCCCCCCCCCAAAAAAAAAAUAAAAAAUAAACCCACUCUUGAGGAUUUCCACGCUGCCGGAGCUGAGACAAGACCAAGCAGAAGUCCCUCGGACUUGGCCCCGGCACAUCCCGGUCAGCACCUUCGCUCAGGUGUUCGAUGAGGCGACUGCUUCCUGGCGAUUGUUGCGGCGCAAGAAAGUUUACUGUGCUGGAGGACCUCCACGUUGAAAGCGACCAAAUAGCUUCUCCAGGACUAACAUUUCUCAAAGGCAAUUUUUUUGGGACACAACUUGCCAUAAUUUUUUUAAUAAUUUGAUGAUUUUUUUUUUUUUUUUUUUUGGUUUGCUGAUUGAGAAGAUUCCAGCUAGCAGGCUAGAUGGGCUGUGAAACACGUCAAGACCUUCAUUUUGCAAGUUUUGGACUGUAUUCCUGUUUCCCGGCAGAGCUACAAAACCUGUUUGCAAAGAUGCUCUGCUGACAUAAAUAGCCCAAAGUGGUUCUCAUUUGCAGCCGGUCAAUUUUUCCGUGAAUUUCCUGCCGCAUUUUUCUCGCAGUUCAAUGGAAUUUUCGAGUUGGGUGAUGUCGGAAUCGAGUCAGGCGACACUACGAGCAGCUGCGAGGUCUCCCAUCGACUCUGUAAUGAGUCACAGAGCUUGACACGAGUUUCGAACUGGACAAAGGAGUCGGCGCGUGCGCGUAAAUCUUGACUGGAAGUCGACCAAACAGCAGGUCCUCGCCCAAUUUCACUCCCGCUCGCCCGGCGGUGCCAUGAUACUGCCAAACGCUUCUUGCGCGAGAGACUGAGAAGGAGGACACCAGGAAGGAAAUGUCAGAGUGCCUGACAGAAUGCAAAGCGCUGGUGACCCCGUCCACGCGCAACGGCCACCGCGUCUUCAGCUACACGCUCGAGAGCCACACGGCCGCCGCCUUCGCCAUCAUGAACGAGCUACGCCUGGAGCGCCAGCUCUGCGACGUGACGCUGCGCGUGCGCUACCGGGACCUGGAGGCGGUGGACUUCGUGGCUCACAAGGUGGUGCUGGCGUCGUCGUCGCCCGUCUUCAGGGCCAUGUUCACCAACGGCCUGAAGGAGUGCGGCAUGGAACUGGUGCCCAUCGAGGGCAUCCACCCCAAGGUGAUGAACCGACUGAUCGAGUUCGCCUACACGGCCAGCAUCUCCGUCGGAGAGAAGUGUGUGAUCCACGUGAUGAACGGCGCCGUCAUGUACCAGAUCGAUAGCGUGGUCAAGGCCUGCUGCGACUUCCUGGUCCAGCAGCUCGACCCCAGUAACGCCAUCGGCAUCGGCAGUUUCGCCGAGCAGAUCGGCUGCACGGAGCUCCACCAGAAAGCGCGGGAAUACAUCUAUAUGAACUUCAGCCAGGUCGCGACCCAGGAGGAGUUCUUUAACUUGACCCACUGCCAGCUGGUGACCCUCAUCAGCCGCGACGAGCUCAACGUACGCUGCGAGUCUGAAGUCUUCCGGGCGUGCGAGGCCUGGGUGCGCUACGACCGAGAGAACCGGCGGCCGUACGUUCAGGCUUUGCUCCACGCCGUCCGCUGCCAUUCCCUGACGCCGAACUUCCUGCAGGCCCAGCUGCAGUCUCUCGACUGGGACCCCCAGUGCAAAGACUACCUCGCGCAAAUCUUUCAGGACCUCACCCUGCACAAACCCACUAAAGUCAACUCUUGCCGAACCCCCAAGGUGCCGCAGCUCAUCUACACGGCCGGGGGCUACUUCCGGCAGUCCCUCAGCUACCUGGAGGCGUACAAUCCCUGCACGGGGUCCUGGCUCAGGCUCGCGGACCUGCAGAUGCCUCGCAGCGGCCUGGCAGCUUGCGUCAUCAGUGGGCUUUUCUACGCCGUGGGCGGGAGAAACAACGCCCCCGACGGCAACAUGGACUCGAAUUCACUGGACUGCUACAACCCCAUGAACAACUGCUGGUUGCCGUGCGCCGCCAUGAGCGUGCCCCGAAACCGAAUAGGGGUGGGAGUCAUCGACUGCAUGAUAUAUGCGGUGGGUGGAUCGCACGGGUGCAUUCACCACAACAGCGUGGAAAGGUAUGAUCCAGAACGAGACCAGUGGCAGCUGGUAGCCCCCAUGCUGACGCGCCGCAUCGGGGUGGGCGUGGCCGUCAUCAACCGGCUCCUGUACGCCGUGGGCGGCUUCGACGGGACCAGUCGGCUCAGCUCGUGCGAGUGCUACAACCCGGAGAGGGACGAGUGGAAGACCAUGGCCUCCAUGUACACCGUGCGCUCCGGAGCCGGCGUUUGCGCUCUGGGCAAUCACAUCUUUGUGAUGGGCGGGUACGACGGCACCAACCAGCUGAACUCGGUGGAGCGCUACAGCGUGGAAACGGAUACGUGGAGCUUUGUGGCCUCUAUGAGGCACCGGCGCAGCGCUCUGGGAGUCACUGCUUUACACGGCCGGGUCUACGUUUUGGGAGGUUACGACGGCAGCACGUUCCUCGACAGCGUGGAGUGUUACGACCCCGAGAAGGACGCCUGGUCGGAGGUCACGCACAUGACGUCGGGGCGCAGCGGCGUGGGCGUGGCCGUCACCAUGGAGCCCUGCCAGAAGGACCCGCCUCAGUGUCCCACGGCCGAGCGGGAGAUCGACGGCGCUUCGCAACACAAUCAACAGAAACACAGCUUACUGUAAACACCCCCCCACCAUCUUCACGUCCAUUUUUACACAUUGAUUCCGGAGCUAACACCAAAUCAGUAUUACGACUUGAAAAGUUUGAAGUCCACUGUCAGCGGCAGUAUAAUCACUGGUGAGCUUCUUUGGGGUUUUUUGUGGGGGGGGGGGUCUGUCUGACUUGUGUCCCGCCAAACCCAGCAAAACCUCAGUCCCGCGCUCGCAGCCAGCGGCGCUUCAUCGCCCUGAUUCGACUGAAAAGGGUUCAGCUCGCCCAUCGGGGGCUCGUUAGUUCUCGUUAAAGUUGCGGACACGUGUGUAAAAAAAAAAGUCAUUUUUGGAGGGGGUGGGGGUGAGUUCUUUUGGUUCCUGUCAUCUGAUUCAAAGUCACUCGUGAUUGGGCCACGCUUGCGUUAUGUUCAAAAUCAUCAAUAGGGAAGAUGAAAGGGUUUCCGUGACAACCGGCCUCACGCUUGAAGAUUUCCUCUUUUGAAAUUGGUCGUCUGCGCUAACAUAAUCGUGGAAAAUUGCCAGGUUAGAAUGUAGUCAAAUGUAAACGUCUUGGAAAAAACUUUUUUUUUUUUUUUUAAUUCACCUUAGAAUUGAGACGGCGCAUCUAAGCUUUUUUUUUCCCUUUUACAUUUUUCCCCAGUCUUCAAUCUAUUAUAUAUUUUUUUUAAUUCUCAUAUCAUUGAAGAAAAAAUAAUUUCUUAGUAUAACAUAAGUUUUUUUUUUUCCUUUUCAGUUUUUCCCCAGUCUUCAAUCUAAUAUAUUUUUGGAAUUCUCAUAUUGAAGAAAAAAAAAUUUCUUAGUAUAGCAUGAAAAGUUUUUUUUCCAGUUUUUCCCCAGUCUUCAAUCUAAUAUAUAUUUUUUUGAAUUCUCAUAUUGAAGAAAAAAUAAUUUCUUAGUAUAACAUGAAAAGUUUUUUGUUUUUUUUUUCCUUUUCAGUUUUUCCCCCAGACUUCAAUCUAAUAUAUUUUUGGGAAUUCUCAUAUUGAAGAAAAAAAAAUUUCUUAGUAUAGCAUGAAAAGUUUUUUUUCCAGUUUUUCCCCAGUCUUCAAUGUAAUAUAUAUUAUUUUGAAUUCUCAUAUCAUUGAAGAAAAAAAUAAUUUCUUAGUAUAAUGUGAAAAUUUGUAUUUAUUUUUUUUCCCCUGGAAAAAGAGGCGACUUUUGAGUUCACGUUUCUUUCUGGAAAAUCUCCGGUACUCUGACUUUUGUUCUGUUGUGGAAGGCCAACUUUUUUUCGACCCCACGCGCACACAAAACGUUCCCCCCCCCCCCCCCCAUAAUCAUGUCGCGUAUUCAACACGACAAUGUACAGUAAACGGCAAAAGUGUUUUUUGGGUCUGAGGGCCGAAUCCUCCAAAGGAGGUUGAACAGGUAAAUCCCCAUCUUGGCUGUAAAUCCCGAAACCAGGAUUUCAACUUCGAGAUGAAAUUUAAUACUGUAGCUUUUUAAACUUAUUACCGAAUAUUUGAUUUGUCAUCUCUCACUGGACAGUCGACCUCCUUUUUUAUUUUUAUUUUCUUUUUUUUUUUCCUUCCACCAGACCUCAAAAACAAAAAGUGAUGACGUUCCUUUUGUCCGACGCGUUCCAACAAACACGGAGGACGAAACGAGAAAUAUGUUUUUUAACAGCCGUUUAAGCUACAAAAGUUUCUACGUGAUGUUUUGUACUCUGAUCUUCGAAUAAUUCUUGUGCGGAAUUGAAUCGCUCUCCUUAUUUAUUAGUUGAAUAGCUUUUCGUGGUCCUCUUAACCGACAAAAAUUUUUGUAUUGAAUCAGGCUGGCGUUGGCGUCUUUGUAGCGAGCAUGUGUUGCAUUUGGGUAGAAAUUGGGGGGGGGGGGGUGUUUGCUGUAAAAAAAAAAAAUAAUAAUAAUAAUUAUUCACUUUGAAAGGGAUUUUGCCGUUCAUCUAGAGUUGGGUUGAAAUUAGAGUAUUUCAAAUCUGCUUUGUACAUUUUUCCAACAGAAACCUGUACAAUAAUUGUAUAGUAAAAUGUUUACUGUAUUGUGUGGCGUUGUCAUCUUGUUGUACUGUACGUACAGUAUUACGUACAAGCGUAUACCAAAUUUGAUGUACUCAUUUGUGGACCCCGGCUUGUGUACCCUGCAAAAUCCAAAGACCGUUUUGGAACAUGGUGUAAGAUUCAAAAUAAGUUUAAAAACAAGUCAUAGCUUCAAAAUAAGACUUUGGGUAUCAGAAAGGUUUUGGUUACAAAACAUUUUUAUUUUUCUGGUUUCAAUUUUCGGCUUUAAAAGAGGUUAAGGGUGUGAAAACAUGGUCAGGUUUUCAAAGUAAGGUUCCGAAACAGGGUUGAAGCGGUUUUGAAGUAUGAUUAGGGCUUCACGUUUAUGUUCAAAGUAGGGUUUCAAAUUAAGGUUUUCAAAAUAAUUGGAGUUUCAAAACAGGGUUAGAAUCGGUGGCACAAGGCAUCCGGCCAGAAGUAGAGUGACCACUGAUCUUUUUUAAAAAAAAAAAAAAAAAAAGAAAAAGAAAAGAUUGGAUAUCGCAUUUAGAAGCCAGUUGGCCGCCAUCUUGGUACUCCCAAAACACGCGGAAGACAUGGUUUACAGGUUGGAUUUUUCCUCAAAGUUUGGCAUGUCGAAUUAAAACUGGUCAUGUGAUCUUGACAUUUUUUCAGUUCUGGUAACAUGAAGGAUUUUUAAUUCAACUUGGUAAGACAAAAAAGGCAAAGUGCAAAGGAAAAACUAGCAAGAAACCUUGCAUAUUACCGAGGGCCCGAUUUCCGUGACAUGUUAACUUUCCCGAAAAUACGCUGUGAAGCACUACCAUCAUAACAGCAAAAAAACUAAGCAUUUUUUUUUGUCAUAAAAACAAAAUUUAAGUAAAUCAGUUCGAUAUGUUUUUGGAAAGAAGGACUCGCAAUGGGAAAAUACGUGCUAAACCCAACGUUCAUUUGUUGACUCUGCGACGUCCUAUAUCACAGAAAAUUUCAACUUGUUUCCUCAAAUUUGAAAAUCAAAUUCAAUUUCCAGAGUUCUGCUUUAUGAAAUGCAUCAAAAAAUUUCACAGAAAAUGUGCUUUCUUGCUUAUUUACUGAUGAAGUUUGGGAAAAUAUUGACAUUGCUUUUCCGCCAAAACCCAUUAGCCUAUAAAGGUGAAGCAGAGAGUGAACGACAACUGUAAACAAAACUUUGUUCGAGUGAAUUAAGCUCAUCUGAAAAUUAAAAAAAAAA